AUGGUCAAAACACUUCCCUUCCAAGACAUUCAGGUUCCGUCGCCUGGCUUCGGUGCCAUGGGUCUCAGCUUCGGCUUGGGCUACAACCUCAGUCUUGAAGAAGCAGAGCCGGUUCUUUUGAAGGCUAUCGAGCUUGGCUGCACUUUCUGGGAUACAGCUGUUAUUUACCAAGCGGGCGUGAACGAGAAACUUUUGGGAGAUUUCAUUCGCAAGCACAAUGUGCGCGACAAGAUCUUCAUUGCCUCGAAGUGCGGAUUUAGAGUGGAAGACUUUACCGUCACCAACUCUGCCUCCCAUAUCAAGGAAUACAUUGAAGGAACUAUUGAACGACUAGGCUUCACACCUGACCUAUACUACCUCCACCGUAUCGAUCCUAACACCCCUCUCGAGGAGUCCAUCCCAGCUCUGGAUGAGAUCCGCAAGGCAGGCAAGACCAAAUACAUCGGACUUUCGGAAUGCUCUGCUGCAACUCUGCGCAAAGCCAACUCCAUUGCCAAGAUCGACGCCGUCCAAGCCGAAUACUCAGCCUUUGAGACCCUGCACGAGACGGACGGUCUGAUCGACACCGUCAAGGAACUGGGUGUGGCUUAUGUGGCCUACAGUCCUCUGGGACACGGCUGGCUUGUGGACGACUUUCCCUUCAGGACGCCCGAAGACUUUGCGCCUGACGAUUUCCGUCGCGGUUCCCCCAAGUUCCAAGGUGAAAAUUUCUACGCCAACAAGAAGAUCGUGGAUGAGAUCAAGAAAAUCGCAAGCAAGAGAGGCUGUUCGAUCAGCCAAGUGGCCCUGGCGUGGGUUGCUGCUCAAGGCAUGAUUGCCAUUCCCGGCACAACCAAGGCGCACCGAUUGGAGCAAAACUGGGCUUCUCGGGAGAUCGACCUGACCGAUGAGGAGAAAGCAGAGAUGCGCAAGAUCAUUGAUGCCGCCAAGCCGCAGGGAAAUAGAUAUAAUGAGCGACACCAGGCUAUGGUUGGGCACUAA